CAAAAGUAACUUAUCUGACAGCUGGUUCACCCAAUUUAUUUCAGCAAUCGAAUUAAUCUUUAGGAAAUAUGUAAUAUAUCUUAAUGUAAAAUUAAGUCUUUCAUCCAUUAUGUUACAAACAUAGUGUGCAGGAGGGUCAAUAUAGUGAAGUUUUGGUUAGUGUGAAAUGGUUUCCUGUUGAUAUAGUCAUAAAUCUUUAAACAUGGGAUCCAUGCGUCCAAAUGGACGGUUCCUUUCGUUUACGAACAAUAUACAAAGGACACAGAAACAGCCUGUGUCAAGUGGUUUUCCACAAAGUCUGUCAGGCAGUGAGACAGAUGUAUCCACAUCGAAUGAGAAUUUGUCCCGAGAGGAGCGCUAUGUCGUCCGGCACACCGCUAGGGUUGAACCCCAGGGUCAAGAGAAUCAAAGUCAGAACAAUAAUGCAAAUAACAGAAACUCUUUAAAGGAAAGUGUAACAGGCAGCAAUCGUAAUUCUUUGAAAGAUUCUGUGGGAGGUGGAAACAGCAAUAGGAGUUCUUUAGAUGUUUCUUCAUCUUCUUAUAAUACUCUAAUUAUACACAAUCAGGAUGAUUCUUGGCCAACACGACCAACACCAAUUCGAGAACAUGAAAGAACAAAUAGUGAAGUUAAACAUCCGAAUACUCAGUCUUCCCCUUAUCAUACAUUGAAGAAAACUGAAGGGAAGAAACCAAGUGGCAUACCAUUGCCUAAAAUGCAUAAGGAACAAGCUGUGACAAGUAAUGCUAACUAUAUUGAUAUUGGCGGACAAAGGAUCUAUACUAGUCCACCAGAUCAUGGAGUGCAGGAAAUAACGGAGAUCCCAGAUGACUUUUUGAAUCAGUCAUCAGUGCUGAAGCACCUCGCCAAGGAGGUGGCGCAGUCUCCAACGCCGCGGCUGCAGGCGGACUGCCGCCGGCUGCAAGACAUCAACAGGGCACUCAAGCAACAGGUGGAGGUGGUGUCGCAGGGCGUGCGCAGCGAGACGGACAGCAGCGUGGAGGCGCUGCGCAAGGAGCUGCAGAACAGGGAGAUGCUCAUCGCACAGCUCAUCACUCAGAACAAGGAGCUGGCGUGCGCGAAGGAGCGGCAGGAGAUAGAGAUGUCCGCGCAGCGCGCCACGCUGCAGGAGCAGCGCACGCACAUCGACAUCCUCGACACCGCGCUCACCAACGCGCAGGCCAACGUCGUGCGCCUCGAGGAGGAGUGCCGGCACGCGAGCGGGUACGUGGAGCGCGUGGUGGGGCUGCAGCGCGCGCUGGCCUCGCUGCAGCAGGCCUCCGACCGCCGCGAGCACACGGAGCGCAAGCUGCGCGCGCAGCUCGAGAAGGAGCUGCAGACGCUGCGUAAGCGGGAGUGCAACUGCCUUGGCUCCUGGACUAGGUUCCCAUGUGCUGCAGAAUUGACUCUUAGAUAG